AUGGAGGGCCUUCCACCGCCGUCCAAGGCACCGCCAUUCCCUAUCGUGACAGCUGAUCAGAGGUCAGUUCUGGGCGUAGCAACUGCGUACAGUAUCAUUCCAACGCUGGAAGUUUCUCUGCGCAUACUUGCUCGAAACGUUGCGAGGAGAUCGCUCGAAGCAAUUGACUAUUGUAUCAUUGCCGCAUUGGCGUUGGAAUCCGUCAGUAUCACAGGCGUUAUCCAAGGUGGAAUUGGAUGUGGACACACGAUACAGGUCAUCCAGGAAUCCGGACCGGAACCCGCAAUCAAGCUUCUGAAGCUUCUCAUCCCUCUUCAAUUCCUCUGGGUUCUCAGCCUAAGCUUCUGCAAAGUGUCUAUCCUCCUGCUAUACUCAAGGAUAGGAAGAGGAGCUAUGGUAUUCAUCGCUGCAUGGGCAAUCGCGACCAUUAUUGCGGGCUGCACCAUUUGCCGUCUCUUCGCGUACAAUUGGGACCAGUCAAUCCCUGGCGGGGAGUGCGGUGACCAGGUCCUCUCAUUCACCAUCACUGAACCUACGUCGUCAGUACCGUCCGCAUACACACCCUCUCCUCCAUGGAUUUCAAAGACAUCACCGUCUCAAUUCCCCCAGCAAAACAUUUUCUCCGGCCUCGAACCCAGCGUAGCCGUAACCCUAUCCUGCAUUCCGCUCCUACGGCCCCUACUAAACCGCUCCAAGUACGGCUCUGAUGGCACACCCGGGUAUCCUGCCAUCAAACACCACCGGCGCGUCGAAAAGCAGCGGACCCAGCGGUGGCCGUGGCUUCGAGCAGUUGAAUGA